CCGCCUUCCUAUCCUGUACAUGUUUUUUUUUUCAGCUAAAAACGCCUUACAUACAGUACAUGGUCAUUUUUGGGGGCUAAAAGCACCUUUCUAUACAUGGUUCUUUUUUGGGGCGAAAAACGCCUUCAGGCCUUUUUUGUGGCUAAAAUCGAAUAUCAGUGGUUCUUAACCUUCUCAGAGGUACUGAACCCAACAAGUUCAUAUGCACACUCACCAAACCCUUCAUCAGUGAAAAAUAAAAAUGUUUUUUUAAAAACAAAUUCGAGGCAUUAAAAACACGCAUUUAUUUAAAAAAAAAACAAUUCAAGACAUAAGUACAGUGUACGUUUUUUAAAAUUGUGCACAAAAUUGACCCAUCCAGUGAUGGCCAGGCGGGCGUGUCAUAACUUAUUGACAUGUUGAGUCGAAUGUGCCUUACUCUCCAUGGCAGAGGCUCUGUCGAACCCCUGAGACCGAUUCACCGAACACCAUGGGUUCGAUCGAGUGGAGUUUCAAAACAAGGAAGGCUACAAAUUUGUAGUGCUACAGUUGCCUUUGACUAUAUUUGAUGUACUUUGUCGACCUUUGGUACUUCACAAACAUAUACGAAUUUUAACUACGAAAAGAGGACCCAUCAACAAACUUCAACACAACAGCUUGGAUGCCUGUUUAUUGUCAUUACGCAAGUUUAUUGAGAAAAUGGAUGGACUGAUGAUGAGCGCAACGCAAGCAUUUCAAACUAUACACAAAAUUUGUGAGCUUUAGUUGCCUUGCCUCUGUCCCAGAAUUUUCUUUGCUCUGCUUUGUCCCACCUUGAGACCAAGCUAGCUGCAUAACGGUUGGAAGAAUGCCCUUAGGUAUCAGGUGACCCAUCGGCCAAGGGGUUUUGCUCUUCGCCGAGCUCGUAUUGAGAGGAGUGCUCCAGUGCUCCAGGCUCCAGGCUGGUAUCCCGUGUCACAAAAACACCUUUCUGCGCAGAGAAUGAGGCCACAGCACAGUGGUUCUGCUUGGGUCCGAUCCAGCCUUCACCCUCGUUGGAUUUCAGACCUCCCCCCUUCUUCUUCCAGCAGACAGCUUUAUUGGUGGGCUUGUUCUCUUCCUGCUGGGAUCAGAUGGACCAAGAGCACCCAGGGAUGCCUCCAAGUCACCGUGCAGAAAAUAAAUGACCACACCACGUAUGCAUAACUUGCUCCAACAUGAGUCUCAUCUCCAGUCAGUGGACUCUUCUAGCCAUCGUCAUGGUAACACUCACGGCGAUGUCCUGCGUUGAGGCCAAGUCCACACCCAAGCCCAAGUACCAGUACACCAAGAAACCCCUCUCUCAGGUCACAAUACACAACCACGCCGGGGCCCCCGUUACACCGAAGCCCAAGAUGGGCUACAUCCCUGCUGAGCCUAAGCCACUGCUCGCCUACCCCGACCACGCUUUGCCUCAGGACCACACAGUGAACACGGAGCCACCCAGUGUAGGCCCUGACAAUUACACCUUGGAUUACAAUGAGUGCUACUUCAACUUCUGUGAGUGCUGCCCACCUGAGAGAGGGCCCCAAGGGCCAAAGGGAGACAGCGGCCUGACAGGACCACCGGGGACAAGAGGCUUUCCCGGUUCAGCUGGCUCCCCUGGACCACCGGGAAUGAGUGGUCUUAAGGGGAUGAAAGGAGACAAAGGGAAUAAGGGUGAAAGGGGAAACACUGGCCCAAGUGGAUAUCCAGGAGCUCCGGGGAAACCCGGGCAGAGAGGUGAUGUUGGCCUAAAAGGAGUGAAAGGUGAGGCGGGCAUGCAUGGCGUCAAAGGCGACGGCGGUCAAAAAGGUGAACCUGGACAAAAUGGAACUGUUGGUGAGAAAGGAGAACCGGGUAAAGAGGGGCCACCUGGAACCUCUGGAGUGAUUCUUGGUCCUAAAGGAGAUAAGGGUGAUAAGGGCGAGUGCGGCACAUUUGGGGACAGGGGGCCAAAAGGUGAUCGCGGAGACACUGGCUCUCCAGGAAUCCCGGGAGCGAUGGGAAUCCCGGGGAUCAACGGCAAGAACGGGGCCCCGGGUCCCAUCGGCGUACGCGGGGAUCACGGACCUCCUGGAGCCCAGGGAGAACCUGGAGUGAGAGGGGCACAGGGUCCACAAGGUGUUAGAGGGGUGCAGGGACCAAAAGGAGAUCGAGGGUACCAUGGGAUGAGAGGGGAGCGGGGAAUGCGUGGCUUCAAAGGGGCGAAGGGUUCAGGCGUUCCUCAGAAACGCUCGGCCUUCAGCGUCGGCAUCUCCCCGAGAAGAUCCUUCCCACCAUCUGGGUUCCCGAUUCGUUUUGACAAAGUGUUCUACAAUGAAGAGAACCACUUCAACAUCACCAGCAACAUCUUCGUGUGCGUCCACGCCGGUGUGUACGUCUUCUCCUUCCACAUCACCGUACGGAAUCAACCCCUGCGCGCCACUCUGGUGGUGAACGGCUCGCGGCGGGUGAGGACGCGGGACUCGCUGUACGGCCAAGACAUUGACCAGGCGUCCACUCUGGUGGUGCUGCGCUUAGCGCAGGGCGAUCAAGUGUGGAUGGAGACCUUUAGAGACUGGAACGGGGUGUACGCCAGCAGCGAGGACGACAGCAUCUUCUCCGGAUUCCUCCUUUACUCGGCUUGAUGGUGAACGUGCCCUCUGAUCUAAUCCGGUGGUGGUGGACUGUGUACUUAUGUGUACUCUUCAACUGUUCUGUACUUUGUGGGGAGAGUUCAUGGACUAUUUAGAUCAUUGUCACUGUUAUCUAUGUACAAAUCUAUUUUGUCUUAUGCCUAUCAAUAAACAUUCUUUUUUUAAAAAUCCAACAA